GAUGUUCAGGGACAGCCUGCUAGACAGGUAUUGCUGUCUUGUUAAAUCUUUUUCACACAGAUCACUGUGUUAUUUUCUGACAAAUUCACAUCAGGAUGGAGAGUAUCUGUGUGGUUGACAACAUAGGCCCUCUGGCUUCUCUUGCUCGAGACAUCUGCCCUUUCCCAAACUACAACCCCAAUCCUCUUUUUGUCAAUAUGCUGUCUCCCAACUCUUCUCUUCACCUGAGGAAACACUAUAUGGAGGUGCAGUCCUCCCUGACCCCCAAGCAGCUGGAAGACUUCACCCAGGGCCUGAGGAGAACUUUUGGCAAGGAGGGCAAGGUCACUCUUGGCGGAGUUGGGGUAGUGGCUCUGUCCCUGGCUGUGCUGUUUGACACACUUGCUAAACAGGCAAAAGGAGAAUGCUUGUCAGAUUCAGGGCCCAUUCCAGGUUUAUUCAUCAAAAACCAGAGAGGGUACUACCCUCCACAUGUCUACACAAUCAGUGAGUACCUGAGGCUGGUGCCCCAUAUUGCAAACAACCCCACAAGGAUGAGAGAGGAGACAGAGAGGUACUUCAAACAGUUAGGACUUGAUGACCAGUCUAUGAGGAAUUUGGGAGAAACCAACACAGUCCCAAUAAACGAAGCUGUCACUUCACUAAAUUGGAUUCUGGGAAAGUGGUUUGCAGACAGUUUGCAGAUUUACCUGCUCCGCAUCAAAAAUAGUACAGCUGACGAGAUGAUCAGAUCCAAGGGAAAACAACCAGCUGGUUUCAUCUGUAAACUCAACUGUGAUCCAAAUGCAGCUGACAAAUUAUUUUUGGCCGAAGUUAAAAAAUCUGACAGCUGCAUUCAAGAAGUUUUUAAAAGACACAUGACAAAUAUCGGAAAUCCACGGCUGCUCCAGGUUGCCCAGACAGAAUGGCUAUACACCAUUUUGGACCUCUCAGAAAAACUUGGAAACGUGGAUGAUUCAAUGAUUGCUCAAAGAGAUGAUUUUGACCUGAAGGCCAAUGGACUUGGAAAAUGGGCAGAGUAGUUCACUGUUCAACAUGAAACUAGUCAAAUAUAGGAAGCAACAUUAGUUAUUGAUAAAAUGACAAAGGGUUAACUAUGUAAUAUGGGAUGAAAAGUAAGAAUAUGAUCAGCCAUGUGGCUUCAGAUAUAUCAGAUAUAUUAAGUGCAACAUGACACUAGAAAUACAUCCCCCCCUUACUUUCUUAAUAUGUGUUUUUGUUUGAGGCCAUUUUGUGUUUUGAACUUUUGUUAAUAAUUGCUAAUUUGAUGAAUUUGUAUCACAAUGUUGCUCCAGCUACUGUCUGAGUGAUAUUUGUAGUUAUCAGUGGUUUUAGGAUUCAGGAAAUGACAAGUGAUGUCUAUGUAUGUGACAUGUAGGUAUUAACUGUAUGUCGAGUAUGAUUUUCAAUGUGUCAAUAAAUUUAUAUUUUAAGUUA